AUUAAAUAUCCUACGUUUAUAACAAAAUGAAAGAGACGGCAAUUAGCGUUUUAGCUCUACUGACUUUGUUCCUCCUUGAGGUGGUCUCAGCCAAUGAGCUAUCUCUUCCCUUUCAUCUCCCAAUCAAUGAAACCAUUGGCCUUGAAGUAUUUCAAGGUAUUAAUAAUGCAUCACCCCCAUCCCCAUCCCCACUUCCAUACCCCCAAUGUGGAUUGAAAAAGGGUGGCGGGAAAUGUAUUAAAACAGGAGAGUGUUGUAGUAUAUGGGGUUGGUGUGGAACCACAUCCGAGUAUUGUUCUCCUGGAUAUUGUCAGAUGCAAUGUCCAGAUCCAUACCCAGAGGGACGAUGCGGAUGGCAAGCUAAUGGUAAAUCAUGUCCUACUGGUACUGGACAGUGUUGUAGUAACGGUGGUUGGUGUGGGACCACAUCAGAUUAUUGUGCUCCUAACAACUGUCAAAGCCAAUGUCCACCUCCGCCACCUCCACCCUCACCUCCUCCUCCACCUCCAUCC